AUUAAGACGGGGCAAAUUUGGGUAACCGAGGGGGCGGCGUAUAGCUAUGAAGAAGACUGUUGGUUUAUCAUCAUCAGUAUUUUCGACAAUGAUCUUUCGCUUCCUUCUAGCAAUCCUUUUAGCAGUAGCUUGCUCAUCAGGCUCGGUUGUUGAUAAGUUGAAUAACGUUAAUCAUGACUUGUCAUCAUUUACACAUAAUCGGACCAGUUUUCCUACUGGUUUCAUUUUCGGCACAGCUUCAUCUUCUUAUCAGUAUGAAGGUGCAGCGAGUGAAGAUGGUAGAGGGCCAAGUAUUUGGGAUACUUGGACUCACAAAUUUCCUGAAAAGAUAAGCGAUGGUAGCAAUGGGGAUGUGGCAGUUGAUUCUUAUCAUCGUUACAAAGAGGACGUGGGAAUCAUGAAGAAAAUAGGAUUGGAUGCUUAUAGGUUUUCUAUUUCUUGGUCGAGACUCUUGCCAAAUGGAACAUUAAGUGGGGAAGUAAAUAAACGAGGCAUCACUUAUUACAACAACCUCAUCAAUGAACUCCUCUCUAGAGGUGUGCAGCCAUUUGUAACCUUAUUCCAUUGGGAUCUUCCACAACCCCUGGAAGAUGAGUAUGGUGGUUUUUUGAGUCCUCGCAUUGUGGAUGAUUUCAAGGAUUAUGCAGAGUUAUGUUACAAAGAAUUUGGUGAUAGAGUGAAGCACUGGAUCACUUUUAAUGAACCUUGGACAUAUAGCACUAUUGCCUAUGCAGUAGGCCGAUUUGCACCAGGUCGAUGCUCAAAAUGGGUAGCAAACUGUACUCUUGGUAAUUCUGGUACUGAACCAUACAUAGUGGCGCAUCACCACCUUCUUGCUCAUGCAGUGGCUGCUAACCUUUACAAACACAAUUAUAAGAGAACUCAGAAGGGAAACAUCGGAAUAACAUUAGGGAGUAAUUGGAUGGUGCCUAUUUCAAGUUCCAAAUUGAACCAAAAUGCUGCAUUCAGAGCCCUUGACUUUAUGUAUGGGUGGUUCAUGGAUCCAUUGACCUACGGAAAAUACCCACACAGCAUGAGAUCGUUGGUUGGAGAUCGGCUACCGAAAUUCUCAAAAGAUGAAUCAAAGUUAGUCAAAGGAUCGUGUGACUUCAUCGGAGUAAAUUACUACACGGCAAAUUAUGUAGAACAUGUUCCUUCCACAGAGAAUACUAACGUGAUUCCAAGUUACAUGAAUGAUGCUCAAACUAAGCUCACCACACAGCGGAAUGGAAUCCCAAUUGGUGCUAAGUCAGGGUCACCUUGGUUGUAUGUGUACCCACAAGGAUUCAGAAAACUGCUCCAUUACACGACGAGAAAGUACAAGAAUCCAAUUAUAUAUAUCACUGAAAAUGGAAUAUCAGAAUCGAAUGAUCCUAAUUUAUCACUGGAGGAAGCAUUGAAGGAUGAUUUGAGGAUUAUGUACUUUGAUCACCAUCUUUUUUAUCUUCAAAAGGCCAUCAAGGAAGGAGUUGAUGUGAGAGGAUACUUCGCAUGGUCAUUGCUAGACAAUUUUGAAUGGUCCAGUGGUUAUACUGUUAGGUUUGGAAUUAACUAUGUAGAUUACAAGAAUGGGUUAAAGCGGUACCCAAAAUCCUCUGCUACUUGGUUUAAGAACUUCCUCAAAAAGUAGAUUCCUUGAUGUACUAUGAACAUCCGUACAAACUUAUUUCCCGAUAAUUAAUAAGAAGAGAAGUUUUUCUUGUUUUCGCUUAA